AUGCAGGCAAGAGAACUGAGUGUCCCUGUUGCUGCUCCCCAGCUGACCCUGUGCAGGCUCCGCACACACCAGUGGUGUUUCAUCCUCUCCAACGUGCUGCUGUUCCACGUGCUGCUCUUCGGGGCAGAUUUACUGGAGCAAUACUUCCUGCAUUCCCUGCCUCUCUCUUACACCGAUGCAAAGGCUCUGGAGAUCAGGGAGAGGGCCAGGAAGCUGGAUCUGGAUCCUCUGAAGGCCAACCUCUCCUACAGCAGCAGCAGCACAGUGACUUGCUCCGAUCAAGAGAUAUUUCUGCUGAUUGUUGUCUGCAGCAGCCCGGAGAACAGGACAAGGCGCGACGCCAUCCGGCAGAGCUGGGGGAACACGACGGGCUCCAGGGGCUACAGCGUCCUCACUGUGUUUGCUGUAGGAAAGGCAGCUGCAGCAAGCACCCAGCUGCAGCUCAGUGAGGAGGCUCAAAAGCACGGAGACAUUAUUGAAGGCAGCUUCGUGGACUCCCCGCAGACGCAGACACACAAGAUGCUGAUGAGCGUGGAGUGGACGGUGACGUUCUGUCCCCGCGCCAGGUACAUCCUGCACACAGCCCAGGAUGUGUUUGUGGGUGUUCCCAGCCUGGCUGGCUACCUGCUGAGCUUAACCCAGCUGGAGGACAUCUACCUAGGGAGGGUGGUUCACCAUGGGAUACCUGACAGGGACCCCCAGAGCCCAGGCUUUGUCCCCAUCCAUCAGUACCCCGAGCAGUUCUACCCCGAUUUCUGCCACGGCAGCGCUUUCCUCAUGUCCCAGGACGUGGCUCGCAAGGUUUACGUGGCUGCCAGGGAGGUGCCCCUGGCAUUCCCCCCUGCUGCCUUUGUAGGGAUCUGUGCUAAAAGGGCUGGCAUCAGUGCCAGGCACAGCUCUCGUUUUGCUGGGGAGAAGCACAUCAGCUACAAUCGAUGCUGCUAUAAAUUCAUUUUCACCUCUUCCGACAUGGGAGAGGACGAGUUGGUUACAGGCUGGAAGGAAACGAGCGAUGGGGAAGAUUGUUCCUUACUGGAAACCUACUACAGCCUGGUGUCCUGCAAGGUUCUCACCUACAUUGACAACUUCAAACAGUUCAACUUGGAUAGGAUAAAAAAUGAGCUCCUUCAUUUUGUCAAUUAAUGCUUAACACCUGCAAAGAAAGGCUGGAUUUUCUUUCAUCAGCUCUGCUAUCCUGUUAGUGUUUGUUACAGAGGAUGCCCUCCCAAAGGUUGCUCUUUUCUCUUCAGCAGCAAAUGAAUUCUCACUGUUACAGUGUGACAGAGCAGAACUGGAUGUACUCUUGCCUCUCCAAGUACCUACAAGUGCAUGCAUGGAAGUAAAAAAGAUUAUUCCAACAGACUUCGUCUAUACCCAGGGUUUUUCAGACUUUGGAGUCUUCAAAAUCCCUUUUUUAUGUGAGUGAGGCAUCACCUACUUCCAAGAAUUCUGUAACAAAGGGGAAGCUUUCCAUCCACAAAAGGAGCUGCAGCUAAGCAGGCUGGCUCACAGAAAAACAGAGCAGCUCCAGCAGGAACAGACACUGAGCCAUCGUGGAAACUCCUCAAGCAAUGCUGUUUGUAACAUCCAUCAAGUGACAAGGUUUGCUUUGGGCUUUUUUUUUUUUUUGCUUUUAAACCAAAUGUUCAGCAUGUUACCUCAAUUCUCCAGCAUUCCAUUCUGUGUUUUUCCUCAAUUAUCUCCACCUGGUAUUUUAAGGGGGGAUGACAAAAACAACACUGUACACUUCAAUUGUGUCGUUUCUAUCAGACCCAGCAGCAGCAUGUAAUCCAUAUGGCAAUGUACAGCAUGGGCAGGCAACUGCAUCUGAGUAAUAAGGGGAAAGUGAUCAAUUAAUCCAUCAACACUGAGCUCAAAGCUCAACAAAAUAAAGCAUAUGUGUAUACCUAAAAAAAUCCCCUUGUUUGGCAUCUCUGCACAUUCUAAAAUAUUGUCUUUGGCAAGUGUACCAUGCAAAGCAGAUGCUAAACACUCAGCACACAGAGUAGCCUUCAAAAGCACCAGCUGAAAACACACAUGGAAGAGGCUCAUGAAUUGCAGAACAGGUUUAUAUAUUGAUUUCUUUUACUGACAUUUAUUUCUUUUACUGACAUUUAUUUCUUUUACUGACAUUUCAGCACAUGGCUCGUGCAGAGCCACCAGCACACAAAGCCACCUAAAAUAACAGAGCUGAACUGCCCAGAAUAAGUGCAAGCUAAGGACUGUUACACUCCUUUGGUUUCCUUUUUAGUGCUUUAAUGUGUUUGCUGGAAGCAGGAUUGAUGAAGCUCCUGUGCUCUCUCCAGUCAGGAGACAUUUCUCACUGGCAGAUGUUUACUGGGCACAUUCAGGACAAAAGCAGCAGCACUGGCACGUGGGGUGACAACUUGGGGACAUCACAAGGCACCUGACCUGCAUUUAGACAGCUUAGCAAACAUCAAGGGAUCUCCUCUGAGCCCAGCUGGGCUCCUGGGCAGCAGUUUUUGGCAGGCAAUGCCAGCUGCACCUCCAGCUAGCACAAAAAGCAGAGUUCCUGCAGGACAGGACCCUCUGCUUCCCCUGGCAGCACAGGGACGUGGGGCCAGCACUUCCCAUUGCCACACCUGGCUGACACAUCACUAAAAUAAACCC